AUGCGUGCUUGUCCUCGCGGAUUUUUGCGGAUUGAAGACCUUCAUGCGCCUACUCACUCUAUUCUUCAGGCUUUGGAUCCAUUUUUAUCUCAACUAGACUUACUUAUUUUCGUCUGCCAGCGCACACCUGUUUCGAAGGGUAGUGUUCGUGCUCUUAAGGGCGUAGGCGCUAACAUCAGCAUUGCGGUUGAAUGUUUUGCCAAAGCUGCAGAAUCUGUUGUGGCUGGUCACAAUGAUCUUGAGCUUAAAAUGGCUGCCGCCUGCGUAGAGGCCCGUAAAGCUGGAUUUCGCCUUUCGACGGUUGCAGAUGCCUUUGCCUAUCAGCCUUUGUCAAAAUCCAACAGUUCAGAUUCGGAUACACUAAACGUAACAAGCCGAGCGAGACUCUUCUCUCGAUCAUCAUUAUCGGCAUCUAACGAGAAAGCUUUCGCACUCCGCGAUGACAAGCGGGAAUCGGGUCCGGUCACAUCAGAGUUGGUUUCUGCAUCACGAGAUCUUCUUUUUGCCGUAGCAACUGCUCUUAUACUAGCAGACAAGAUUUUCCUAGAAUUGCGUCAAAUCGAUUAG